AUGCAUCAGCUUUUGUUUUUUUACUUUUGCUCAAUCAUCAUUCUCCUGAAGGCGAAUCUUGCAGGCUGCGUAGGUCAAGACGAUCCACAUGCAGCAAGACCGUCUGACAGCGGUGGUUAUCAACCCCUUUCAAGGUUUAUCCACAAAUACGACAUCACCGAUCGAUCCACUCGUCGCCUAAUCACCACAGCUCGCUAUCAAGAGCUCUCGAAGAUCGCAGAAGUUAAGCUGGACAAGUUCUAUCAAAAGUAUUGGGUAAGACUUGGGAAUUCUGGAAUCAAAAAGCUUCUAGAAGAUGGUUCUUUUACCACUCCCGAUGAUCUCCGUCGCCAUCCUUGGCAUGCAGAGAUUUUCGAAAAAGAAUCCUAUACGCCGGUGCUGUUCCUCAAAGUCCGUUCCUUCUCUCACGACAAUCCGAUGGGUAAGGACAACCCUGAUGUUGCCAUUUUCAUGCACAAGCUGCAGGUUUCAGAGCUUACCAAGGCUACGUACACGCUCGAGCUCAAAUACUUCAUCCGAGGGCCACUCGAUACCGCCGGAGGUGGUGAUUCCAGACCAAGUGUUCUGUGGGAAAGGCUUAAAAUCUCUGCUGGUUCAUUGUGGCUGAGCGAUGUCAAGGACGUGUACAAAUGGCCAGUUCUGGAGGAUCUCGAACGGCUCGGUUACGAUCCCACGAGGAUCGAGAGCGAAAUUCUAUCGUACAAUCAUCUCUUGUCCCACAACAUGCACCUUUUGACAAGUAGGACGAACAUGGCCCGUAUUCUAAGAGGAGCGCGAUGGUACAUGAAGCAGUUCGAUCGUCAUGAUGGGGGAUUGCAGUUCAAGCAAUACAGUCUCAUGCUCGCCCCCGUGGAUGGUGAAGAAAAAUCAGAACCAUGGUUUCAGGCUCCCCUAUUUGACGAGCACAACUUAGAGAAGAACCUUUUCAAGUUGAAGAAUUAUGUUUCCAACGAUGGCCAGAGCUACCCGUUUCUUGAUCGAGUCCAGUACAAAGCCCAAACAGGACAAGAAGGAAAGCUAGAGUUAGUUCCGAUUGCAAUCGUCCGACCCAUCAGCGUUGUCCCUUCUCUCCGAUUCAAGAAAAUUUAUAACAUCAAGCCACGCUACCGCCGACACGACAAGAUCUUGUUCACGUAUUUCGAGUCGACAAGCUUUUGGCUUGAUAGGGAUUCCAAGCUUCCGCAAAGUGAGGAGGACGCGAAGCCUCUUUUCGGUCUACCACGACCUGCUGGACACCCGCUCAAUCCACGAACGUGGGCUUCGCAUCAGAUGGUUCCAUCCGGUACUGGAUCGAUACUCAAGUAUCCCGCCGUCAAACAAGACGAUCGCAAGGCGAUGGAACCAGUGUUGUCGGAGACAAGGGCAGAAAGCUCUGAAGCACGACGAAGUGAUCGAGGCCGGGGGAGAGGCGAACUAAAUGACGCUCAAAAGGCUCCUCACGGCCCCUACUUGGGAAAGGAAGUCGUCAGCAGGUUCGACAAUCCCGAAUCCGAAUCACGAAAGCAGCCUUGGGUUGACCUCGGUCCUCCGGCUCCAGAGAAUCAGCGUGUGGAUGCUUCACUUCCGCCACCACCUCAGCACAGAACUCGAGAGCUCGAAGAUGGCGAACAUUGGGAACACGAUCAAUAUCCGAGGCCAGAGCCCUUGUAUGAUCAGCCUGGGUUCAUUCCACCAACACCUGGCUCUGAUCUAGCUAUCUUUCCUCACGGAUCCCCUCCGCCUUCCGACGUACCUUCUGGGUCUGGCCGCAAGCACGUCUUAUCAAGCUCUGAGCAGCUAGAGCCGAUGCCUCAGUCCGACGCGCCACAGAGGGAGCAUCGCUCUCCCACGCAAGAAGUGCUAGACCGCCUUGCUCACAAUUGGGCUCCGUCCCCAAAAAGACCACGCUUGAGUUCGAUAAGGUCGCCCGAACUUCCUCCUCCCAAUGUACACGACUUCUCGGAUGUGCAUAAUUCUCGAUCGAUCGAUCAGGUGUCCGUGGGCUCCGAUCCCAUAGGCGAGCAUCGACCGGUCUCCCCACAGCAAGCUCAAAUGACAAGUACUUGGUCGAAUCUGCCACCAAUCGGCGAGUUUUCAAAUGAUCACCUGGAUAAUUCUUUUCUAGACCACUCGCCUUUGCAUCACGACGCCUUCGGUAUAUCUUCUGCGGGAGGAGAAGGUACCCUACACCGUGCAUCGAUACUUGCACCUCCUGGCGUGGAGUCGCAACAGGUUUCUCAGCCGGUACACAUGCCCACUGAUCAAACUUACGAACGCAACCUGCAUCCCUUCAAUGCCUUAGCAGUCAGUGGUACCUCUCCAUACGACGACAACUUGCAUCAAUCGCCUGCCUCAAUGUACGCUCAGACGCCGCCAAAGCCCUUUCAACAGCACGAGCCGACCGAGUUCGAUCUCGCUUCUAGCUUUCGCUUUUCACCUUCACCCUGGCGUGAUCCCUCUUUCCAUGAUCAGGCCAGAGCAACAAACGUCGCUCAGCAGCAUCAAACGAUACCCUUCUCGGGAAGCGGUGCAUCGCCUCGCUUUCAACGACAAUCAAGUCAGCCAGAUCGUCAGCCAGAUAUACUCGAGGCGUUGGAAGCACAUCUAGGGCCCAGCCGUGACCAGCGUUUGGGACACCACGCAACGAGACAGUCUAGCCUUCAGAAUGAUCGCCAGGCGAACCUAUUGGACCAACUGCAGGCACAUCUCGAGCCAUGGCAUCAUGACUCGUGGCAGCAGUCCAGGUCGAGGCAUUCGAGCCCUCAAGAUGCUCAUGAGCAGAAUCUGUUCGAGGAUUUGGUGGCUCAUCUGGGCCCAGAACACGGUGAUAUUUGGCGGCUUAGGAGGCCGACGCCGUAG